AUGACGAUCCGUUACAACUUAAUACUACAAGAUGUCAGCCAGGACAUGCCAUGGAGCAAGUCCACUCCGUUGAGCAUGGUUGAAGAUUCAGUUGAUGACAUGUACUUUGGCUGCAAUGAAGAAGCUGCACAAAAAGUCAAGAAAGCAUACUUUGAGAAAGAAAGGAACAUGGCACCAUUUGGAGAAGCCUGGAAGAAGGAAAAAAAUUGCAGCGAAGAGAACCUAAAAAAGAGAGAGAAAGAGGAUAAGGCUCUAACCAAAGAUCACAUGCAAGCAAUCUGUGUUUACACACGUGUACAAGGAGUGUACAAGGAGUUUAAUGUUGCAGUCCGGACACAAAGGAGCAAAUAUAAUAGCUCCUCAUUCCAAUUCCACUCUUUACAUUUCCUGCUGACAUCUGCCAUACAGAUCUUGAACAGAAAUUUCCACUGUCACACUACUUACAGAAGAACCAGAGAUAAGUUCUCUGGCAAAGUCAACCAAAUAAUUCGGUUUGGGUCCUUUACCUCUAGCUCUUACAGAACAGACUUAAAACAGUUCGGUUACAUUACCUGCUUUAAAAUUAAGACCUGUUUAGGUGCUUUUUUGAAAAACUAUUCAUCUAUUCCUGAAGAGAAAGAAGUGCUCAUCCCCCCCUAUGAGAUGUUCAAGAUAACUAAGACAAUUAAAGGUAAGAGUAAAAUUCAAGGUCUGGAUGACUGUAAAAUUGUCUAUGUAGUGGAAAGUGCAGGAUGUAAGAGCAAUCUGAACUGCAAGGCUGCGUACCCAUGA